GCUUUAUGGAAGAAUCCCCAUUAUAGGAAAUUUAUUAAUUAACUAAUUUUGGAGAAAUAAAGAAUGAUCUCAUGACACAAUCAUUACAAUUACAAUAUCUCUUUUUAUGAUAAUGGCGCAGAAGGUAAAAUACAUAUAAAAGUCCCAUUUUUCGCUUUAUCCAAAAGUCAUCCUCAAGAUUUAUUUCUUCUAAACAAUAAAUUAAAAUAAAGGAUAUAAGAAUAAUACAUAAAUAUUAUACAACAAAGAUGAAGUCUCAAUAUCUUCUUCUCUUAGCAUUACUCGCGAUUUUUGUAAUCCAAAUUCAAGCCCACGGAGAUUAUGAUGAUUAUGAACAAUGGAAACAUGAUUUUCCUGAUACUUGUGAAGAACUUUUCAAAACUAAAAAUUGUAAUAAAUGUCAAUCGUUAAUGUGGAGUCAUUUCAAAAAUCCUGGACAAUGUGCCACUGCUUUCAACCUUGGCCGUGAUAUUUUUGAAGCUAUCAAAGAUUCCGGGGAAACACCAAAACCUUAUGAUCUUAAAUUCUUUAAGAAAGGGUUAAAAGAUUAUUGUCAUGAAGGUUUCCAUUGUAGUCAACAAAAAGUUGAGAAGAUCUAUAAUAACAUUCAAAGUGUCUGUAAACGUGAAUUAAGUGUUAAGUUUAAUUGGAGUAAUAACCCUAAGGAUUUUGAAGAUAAAACCGCUUACGCUGCUUAUGGAACUUUACUUACCUAUUAUACUGGAAUUCCCGCCCGAAAAGCUCUUUGUAAAAAGAAUAAUGAUGGUGAUUUCUGCAGUAUUAAAAUCGUUGAAAAACUCACUAAAUGGGUAAAAGAGAAAACAAACGCUGAUCCAAAGGCUAUUGUUACUCACGAUCUUAAAUUCGUUAUCAAAGGAAAUGGAAAGAAAAUUCGUAUACCAAGAUCGUUCUUUUGCGAUCCUUGCUUUAGAAAGAUGGCCCAUAUCUAUGUUGAUUAUGUCAAAGAUCAUAGAUUGAAGAAAUCUGUUGAGAAGAAUAUUUGGGGAUCUUAUCAUCAUUUGGAAGAGUUAUAUCUUCCACACUGCACUUAUCAUAGACGUGGUUUAGGUGAAAUAUUGAAAGAAAGAAGUGUUUCUCAACUAACUGAACGUAGCGCAAUUCCCGCUCUUGGCAUUUUAAGUCAUCAUAUGAAUAAAUUACAUUCUUUGGCAAUUUAAAUUCUUUUAAUCAUUUUAAUAAUUUUUUUAGAUAAUAAUGAAUAAUCUAUAUAGACAUUAGAAACAAUUUUAAGAUUUUUAGAAUAUUUUUUUACAUAUAAAUAUUUUAUGCUUUAUAAUAAACUCUCGUUUAAGUCGUCCUUUUAUUCAAUUAUUUUCAUUGGAAUGUUAUAUUUGUAAACAUUAUACACAUUAAUAAAGUCGUCAUAAUGAUAUAUCUGAUA